CCCCACCCCAUUUUAGAUCUUUUCUAAAUUAUGGAAAUUUUUUGGAAGACGCUGACUUGGAUAUUGAGCCUGGUCAUGGCUACUUCUGCAUUUCAAACCUUCCACAAACUUUCACACAGUUCCCAAGAGGAGUUCCUGUCCUACCUUGAGCACUACCAGCUGACAGUUCCUGUGCGUGUGGACGAAAAAGGGGAAUUCAUAAGCUACGCCGUGAAACACCUCCAACCUGCACGGCGGAGGAGAGGGCUGGACCCGGUGAGCCCAGACCCGCCCGAAUCCAGGCUGUACUACAGACUCUCAGCCUACGGGAGGCACUUUCAUUUGAACCUAACGCUCAAUCCCCACUUGGUGUCAAAACAUUUUACUGUAGAAUACUGGGGCAAAGAUGGACCUGAAUGGCGGCACAACUUGGUUGAUAAUUGCCAUUAUGUUGGAUACCUGCAGGAUCAGUACAGCACAACAAAAGUGGCAUUGAGCAAUUGUAAGGGCCUGCACGGUGUUAUUACAACAGAAGAAGAACAGUAUUUAAUCGAGCCAUUAAAGAAUAUAUCCUCCAAAAAUUCAGUUAAUUUAAACCUCAAAGAAGGACAGCCUCAUGUUAUUUAUAAAACGUCUUCCAUUCCCCGGCCACAAGAUCACAGCGACGAACUCAGCUGUGGCGUUUCAGACCUCGCAAGAAGCGCAGCAGCCUGUUCCCCGGGUAGCCUUGCCGUGGCCCCCCAGCCCCCUGCCCCGACAAACAGCAGCACAAGCAGCGCCCAUCGGCAGAAGCGGUCCGUUAGCUCGGAGCGCUUUGUUGAGACCCUGGUUGUAGCUGACAAGAUGAUGGUGGGCUACCAUGGUCGCAAAGACAUCGAGCACUAUAUCCUCUCCGUGAUGAAUAUUGUUGCCAAACUUUACCGUGAUGCCAGUCUGGGAAACGUUGUGAACAUUAUAGUGACCCGACUCAUUGUUCUCACGGAGGACCAGCCUAACUUGGAGAUCAACCAUCAUGCAGACAAGUCAUUGGACAGUUUUUGCAAGUGGCAGAAGUCCAUACUGUCACACCAGGGAGAUGGAAACAGCAUUCCAGAAAAUGGGAUCGCUCACCAUGACAAUGCUGUUCUCAUCACCAGGUAUGACAUCUGCACAUACAAGAACAAACCUUGUGGGACCCUAGGCUUGGCAUCAGUGGCUGGAAUGUGCGAGCCGGAGAGGAGCUGCAGCAUCAACGAGGACAUCGGCCUGGGCUCAGCCUUCACAAUUGCCCACGAGAUCGGCCACAACUUUGGAAUGAACCACGAUGGAAUCGGAAAUUCGUGUGGGACCAAAGGUCAUGAGACGGCCAAGCUGAUGGCGGCCCACAUCACAGCCAACACUAACCCUUUCACCUGGUCAGCCUGCAGCAAGGAUUACAUCUCCAGCUUUCUUGACUCAGGUCGGGGCUCGUGUCUGGACAAUGAACCUCUGAAAAGAGACUUCCUGUACCCCACAGUGGCCCCAGGGCAGGUGUACGACGCGGAUGAGCAGUGUCGCUUCCAGUAUGGUGCCGCGUCCCGCCAGUGCAAAUAUGGGGAAGUUUGUAGAGAGCUCUGGUGUCUUAGCAAAAGUAACCGCUGUGUCACCAAUAGUAUCCCUGCCGCGGAGGGGACACUCUGCCAAACUGGCAGUAUUGAAAAGGGGUGGUGCUACCAGGGGGAGUGCGUGUCAUUUGGGACAUGGCCGCAGAGCGUGGAUGGUGGCUGGGGACCCUGGUCCACGUGGGGCGAGUGCAGCCGGACCUGUGGUGGGGGCGUCUCCUCCUCUGUCCGGCACUGUGACAGCCCAGCGCCUUCAGGUGGAGGAAAAUACUGUCUGGGGGAGAGGAAACGCUACAGGUCAUGCAACACAGAUGCCUGUCCGGCGGGAUCGCGGGACUUCCGGGAGAAGCAGUGCGCCGAUUUUGACAGCAUGCCGUUCCGUGGGAAGUACUACAACUGGAAACCGUACACUGGAGGUGGCGUGAAACCCUGUGCUCUAAACUGCCUGGCUGAGGGAUACAACUUUUACACAGAGCGUUCUCCAGCUGUGGUCGAUGGCACCCGCUGCCAGGCCGACUCCCUGGACAUCUGCAUCAACGGGGAGUGUAAGCAUGUGGGUUGCGACAAUAUCCUGGGAUCGGAUGCCAAGGAGGACCGAUGCCGGGUCUGCGGUGGGGAUGGGAGUACUUGUGAGGCCACCGAGGGACUCUUCAAUGACUCUCUCCCACGAGGAGGCUACAUGGAGGUCGUUCAUAUCCCACGGGGCUCCGUGCACAUUGAGAUCAAAGAGGUGGCCAUGUCAAAGAACUACAUCGCACUGAAGUCUGAAGCGGACGACUACUACAUCAACGGGGCAUGGACCAUCGACUGGCCGAGGAAGUUUGAUAUCGCUGGCACAGCGUUCCAUUACAAGAGGCCAUCGGAUGAGCCUGAGUCACUGGAAGCCCUGGGGGCCACCACGGAAAACCUUGUUGUUAUGGUACUCCUGCAGGAGCAGAACCUGGGCAUCAGCUACAAGUUCAACGUGCCCAUCACACGCACGGGCAGCGGGGACAACGAAGUGGGCUUCUCCUGGCACCACCUCGCCUGGUCCGACUGCUCGGCUACCUGCGCUGGAGGUUCCCAGAAGCAGGAGGUGUUGUGCAAGAGGCUGGACGACAACUCAGUGGUCCAGAAUAGCUACUGCGACCCAGACAGCAAGCCACCGGAGAACCAAAGGGCCUGCAACACGGAGCCCUGCCCUCCAGAGUGGUUCAUCGGCGACUGGUCGGACUGCAGCAAGACGUGCGACGCUGGCGUCCGAUCGCGGACGGUUCUGUGCAUAUGCAGGAUUCGUCCUGCUGAAGAGGAGACCUUGGAGGACAGCCACUGUCUCACUCACCGGCCCAUAGAGAGAGAGGCUUGUAACAAUCAAUCGUGCCCCCCGCAGUGGGUCACCCUCGAUUGGUCCGAGUGCACUCCCAAGUGCGGCCCUGGGUUCAAGCACCGCAUCGUGUUGUGCAAGAGCAGCGACUUGACCAAGACGUUCCCGCCAACGCACUGCCCCGAGCACAGCAAGCCACCAGUGCGAAUACGCUGCAGCCUUGGCCGGUGUCCACCCCCGCGCUGGAUCCCCGGAGAGUGGGGACAGUGCUCUGCGCAGUGCGGACUCGGCCAGCAGAUGCGAACCGUGCAGUGCCUCUCUUACACGGGGCAGCCCUCCAACGAGUGUGCCGAGUCCCUGCGGCCUCCCGCCAUGCAGCAGUGCGAGAGCAAGUGUGACGCCACGCCCAUUUCCAACGGUGACGAAUGCAAAGACGUAAACAAGGUGGCAUAUUGCCCACUGGUGCUGAAGUUCAAGUUCUGCAGCCGUGCGUACUUUAGGCAGAUGUGCUGCAAGACGUGCCAAGGACACUGACCCACAGAGCGUGCGAGAGAGGGAGGGAGCGAGAGGGAGAAGGAGAGGAGAUGGCUACA